AUGCUAAUACGACGUUGCUUACUGAAAAACCCAACUUUCGUUCCAAUACGGGCUUUUGUAUCAUCCCCAUUAUGGCAUAAUGUGUUGGAGUCAAACUUGCUUCAAACAACCUCAACUAUUGAUAAAGAAGUACCGACCAAGAAAUCAAAAAGAAUAUUCCUAAAACCUGACCAGAUCAAAAAUCGAAAGAAAAGGAAUAAUGGGAAAUGGACACAUUCCACACUGCGACAGUCGCGAACUGUUCCCAAAGUAGACCUAGCUUUGAUUCAAGAGCUAUAUCGCAAAAACAACAAUCUUUCAAAUUCACUGACUGAUGAAGAUGGUGAUUUGUUCCGAUAUAUUGAAACAUUUAAGCCAUUAGAAUCAAAGAUUGGAAGUAAAAGGUACGAAAAAUUGGCAAAGGAAGUCUACAAUGCAUUCAAGAAGAACCAAAUUGUAAACUAUAUCAAUUAUUAUAGAAGCAAGAAUCCUGAUUUACCACCUUUGAAAACAAGGCAAAACAAAAGCCAAAUAAUAGAAGCGUUAUUCACACAGUAUUGGAAGAUUACGGAACAGGAAUCGAAACUUUCAAAUGAAGAACUACUCAGUAGUAGAGUCAUUGAGCUAACUCCAGCACAAAGGUUCCUACUUGAUCCUAAACGAUCAAAAUUUAUACAUAAUUUAAUUGCAUCAAAUAUAAAAGUUCAGCUUGGCAAAACCAAACUAUCGAUAUCAGGUUUGGAUCUGGAGUUGGACUAUAUCGAGGCUGAACUAGUGCAAAUGAACAAUCAAAUCAAAUGGGAGGAAAUCGAUCUAUCAUCGAUCAAGAAUGGGCAAAAGACUGCUUUGGAUUUUGAUGAAAUAUCAAUUGCAUCACUGUCGUAUUUCAAGGAUUUGGGUGAUGGCAAAUUCAAAAUAAUGUCGAAUACUCAAGCUGAUAUUGAUACAGCAAAAAGGUUGAUUUUGUGGGCACUUGAUUACAAUCCACAUAUUCAAACUUUGUUUUUCAACAAGCAAGCAAUUGAAGGAGCUCAGCUAUUACCAUAUAUCAAUGAAGAUGUGUGGCCCUGGAGUGAUAAGCAUGCACAAUACUAUAGCCUAUUUUACAAAGAUAGGAAGCCAGGAAUUGAUAGUGAUUUGGUGUUUGAGAAAUUUGACAAGAUGAACGACAAAAUUUUAAAACUAGAGCUGUUGGAAGAAUUGGUUGAUCAACGCUUAGCUUUAAAGUCUGAUAAAGAUAGCUUUAUUGAUGAGGCGAUGUCGGAUGAGCUCUUGGAUAUAUUUAAAUAUAUUGGAACUGGAAAGAAGGAGCCUGUGGGUGGACAUAAACUUACUGAUCCUAGAGACAUUUCAUUGCAACUGACUAAAGAGACGGAGUCUAAUGAGAACUCUCAAAAAAAGUUUGAUUUGGAAAAGAUCAUCAAGAACAGAAAAGAGUCAGCAACAUCUACCAAUAACCAUGAGCAACAUUUGAAUCUUGAGGCGUUGCGUCAUCAAUUGGGUAAUUUUGAAGAAGAUUUAAAUCUUGAGGACUUUCCUGAUGUGUCUAACUUAAUUGUUGAUAUGGAUAAGCAGACCAGCGAUGAAGUGCUCGAAUUGCUAAGAACCGAGUUGGGUGUAUUUGCGGAAAAUGACGGAAGUGAAUUCAUAGAAGAUGCAUCAGGCCCCUUGGAUUCUGUCGAGGGGCCUCAACAAACUCAUAAGUCAAGCGACAACUCCGUUAUUGCCCCAGCAAACUCUUCUUCAGAUGACCAAGUUAGUUCAGUUCAGUUGGUAAAGCAAACUCCCCUUUCAGACGAACAAAUUGGGGAUUUAUAUUCACAUUUGAAUGACUUAUUAUUUGCAAAAGGUCUUCAAGGUGCAUCGAGAGAAGUGGAACCCUACUCAGCAUACACGAUCCAAUUUGGCUCUUUAUUGCUCAAGCAAAACAAGGACUCACUAAGUGAACCCGAUCCUUCUCACCUCUCCAGAGCAAGACCAGAUCAAUUUAGGUUCCUAACUAGCAUUCCAUUUAUCAAAGACUUGGCAACCUCAUUACCCAUUUUAUACAACGGUAACCAAACAUUCACAAACAAAAUGCAAAUCCGAUUAGUUCCAUCAAUUUAUCAAAACUUUAAUAGUUUAGAUCCUCAGACUUUACAAGAUUACCCACCAAUUGAAAUACAAGCCGAUUUGAAUGAUUGGGGGAAAAUCAAGUUGGAAACAUUGCAGGUUUUAUCCGUAGAAGCGAUGAAUAAUAUUUACGUUGCUGCUCCUCAAUUGGCACUAGAUUUACAAGUAUCUAAAUUAAUUAUUGGUGAUUUAUUACAACCACAGAUGAAAGAACAUAAACAAAAUGGAAUCUCUUUUGAUAAUCAACCUAAUUUGUCAAAGUUCUUGGAGAAUUCACAAUUGAGUUUUGGUGGACAAGUUAAAAUCAAGCCCUCCUCGUCAAUUGAAUUAUGCGUCAAUGGUAAAUUCAUCAAGUACGAUUUCGUCCAUUUGACAUACAAAACCGACUUGAUGUUUGAUUUGAACGGUAGAGAACUUUGUUUGAGUAUAAUUGAAGGUGGUGCUUUUGGAGGAAAAAGGUUUGAGAUUAUGCUAGGUGAUGGAGAGUUGUCAAAAGACGAAUUUGCAAAAUUCUUUAGAGAUGCGGUACAAUUUUGUUCCAAGAUUUGA